CACAACACUGGCUUACUACGUUCAGAAACUCAAUUGGCAAUAUUCGCAACAAAGAGCAAUUAAUUACAAAAGAAUAUUCCAAUUACUGAUUGGAAUAAAUAUAACAAUACGCGAUUAAUUAAAAGAUUCCAAAACAGACGCACUACUGCUUUGUGAAAGAACGAAAUAUUUUUUUAUUUAAAAUAAUUUUUGCUGAGUUGGCUUGUGCGUCGCGCCGUCAGUCUGCCGUAACGUGGCGGCGCUGCGCUCGUGUGUGUGCUGCAGGAGUGGCUCAGUGGCUUGAACUGUCAUUGUUCAUGUAGUUUUCUGUGAUAAGAAUUACUGUGAAAUUAUAGUUUAGCGAACUAAUUUACUCAAUCACGAUGUCUGCCUCGGGUGAAUUCGGUAAUCCUUUACGCAAGUUUAAGCUGGUUUUCCUGGGGGAACAGAGCGUGGGGAAGACGUCGCUCAUCACUAGGUUCAUGUAUGAUAGCUUUGACAACACUUAUCAGGCAACUAUCGGAAUUGACUUCCUCUCGAAGACUAUGUACUUGGAGGACCGUACGGUCCGGCUUCAGCUCUGGGACACCGCCGGACAGGAGCGGUUCCGAUCUCUCAUACCUUCCUACAUAAGGGACUCCACUGUCGCCGUUGUGGUUUACGAUAUUACCAAUGCAAACUCAUUCCACCAGACAUCGAAAUGGAUCGACGACGUCCGCACGGAGCGUGGCUCUGAUGUGAUCAUCAUGCUGGUGGGCAACAAGACUGACUUGUCGGACAAGCGGCAGGUGUCCACCGAGGACGGGGACAGGAAGGCCAAGGAGCUCAACGUUAUGUUCAUAGAGACCAGCGCUAAAGCAGGAUACAAUGUCAAACAGUUGUUCCGACGGGUAGCGGCCGCGCUGCCCGGCAUGGACUCGGCGGAGAACAAGCCUCCGGAAGACAGUAUCCUUUACCAAAUAACAUAUAUGUUGUGUACAUACGGGCCGGACCGAUACACCGACCGUACGGCAUGCAUUGGUGACUUGUUGCAUGCAAACCUGGGGUCUAAAGUGUCUGCACGAGGUGAUUCUGAGGCAAGCGCCCGGAGACAACAAGGAGCCGGACAGCGGAUGCGCGUGCUAGUGCCUCGCGCCGCCACGCUCGCGCCCAGAGACAGGCGUGCGCGCCCUAUACAUGCACUCGAACAUAAACACUCAUACCUUAUAAUAAAGAAUCAAAUUGCAUCUGAUUCAGAAAUACUAAAAAGUAAAAGCUUCAUCAAUUUCUAUAUUUCCGUUUGCGUGUAGGGCGCAGCGUACGGGUCGCUCGGGCUAGCGACGGAGCGUUUGUACCGAUCUGAUACGUGCUAGCGUGCUUUUGUGUGUUUGUCUACAGUGAUAUUAGAUGUUAAUGUACAUUCAACUAGUUUUCAAAUUAUAAACAAUUAAGGCAUAAUAUUACAUGUGACUGCAAACUGUUUUGUAUAGGCCUUCGUUCAUGGAGUAACUAAAUCUUGCAAGGCCAUAAUGUGUGAGGGACGGGUUGCGUCGCCCCGGUUACGUUAGUGACAGUUUAUUAAUUAAUUAGCAGUUGCAGCAAAGCUUCUUGUGCAUUGACGCUCGUUAGUGCCAUAUAUAACGUGUUCCUGUCAAAGUUAGUUGGUGCAACCCGCCCUGUGUAAGAAUUGCUACUAUUUAGUUGCGAACGCCGCCCCAUAAGUGAAGCUAAAGGCUAGUUGCCUCAGCAAUGAGCUGUGGGCCAGCGUUGGUCUAUGAAUCAAAGGUCUAUGUAAAACAGCGACGUGCUACUUUGACAACGCAUUUACACAAAAGCACUAUGUAUUAGCCGCACUAGGAACAUGAGUACUUAUGUGGGAAUUUAUUUUUACACUUUGUUGCAAUCCGAGGUGACGUAACACGAGGCGUUAACAUCAGCUGAAGGCGUCAUUGGAUCGCAAUGUUGGUGCGAUAAGGAACCAUAUAUCAUUAAUUGCCUUACUCAAGCAAUAACAAUAUUGUAUAAACUUUACCUAGGCACAGAAUGAAAUUCCCAUAUUAUUUUAUCCCUUUGAUACUAUUAUGAUUAUAUAAAAUAUAUUCUAAGCAAGUUUUAUAUUUAAGUUCGUAUGAGACUGAGACUGCAUGCACGCCUACAUUCACUAUGAAAGCUUUCGAUAGUUUGGGUAGCAAGCAGGACUUCUUAUGCGAUACUGAACUGACAAGAAUAUUGUUACUAAGAGAGAAUUAAAGUGUUUAUUGCGAUCGGUAGAUCGGGCAGUUGUUAUCGUAGCGCUAAUAGAAAUGUCACGCCAAUUUUUUGGACAACAGUAUAUCAGAACAUCUAAUAAAAAAAA